AUGUUACAGAAAUAUUAAAGUAUACUAUCCCUUACAUUAUUGAUUUAAAAUAAUUAAUAUUUAUAUUUUCAUAAUUUUCAAAUAAAGUUCUAACAAAAUGUAAUAUAUAAUUUAAGCAAUAGGCUUGCAAGACCAUUAAUACUAAGAGAGUCUAGACAUACCAAAAUUAAUUAAAAGGAACCCCCUAUUCUAGUCUUAAAAUUGGGUAGUCAACCUCAUGUUGGAAGUAAUUAAUUAAGUAAAACUCUCAGAAUUACCACCAAAAGUGUUAUAAUAAAAUCCUACUACUGAAGUAAGAAGAAUAAAAAACAAAUCAAUUAGUUAACAUAUAAGUGGAAAUGGAACUCAUUAACAAGUAAAUUAAUAUAGAUAACCAAAUAAACGAAUUAUAUAUGAUUCUACAAACUAUUUGAAUCCUUAAAUUAAUCGUUCAUCAAGUAAUAGAAUAAAGAAAAUUCAUUCAGUCAGUUCUCAUAUUAGUAAUUAGUUCACCAAUAUAAAGAUGAUAGUUUUAAUUAACAUCUUGAUGACAACACUAGAAACAAUAUUGUUUAAAAUGAAAUUACUACUAAUAGCGAAUUGGAUGAAGGCAAGAAACUAUUUAUAGAAAAUAAAGUUGAUGAAGCAUAAAAAAAAUUUUUAAAUUACUUAAACAAAUAUGGAUUAAAUCCAGAAGCAUUAUAUUUAUCAGGAUUAUGUUACAUUAGUCUAGAUUAAGAAGAAAAAUACAUUGAGUAAUUUUCAACUCUAAUUAUGACAUUUCCAAGAUUUAAAAGAACAUCUUAUAUGUAUUUAGCUCAUUCUCUCAAAAAAAAUAAUCUAAUUAAUGAAGCUAUACAUGUAAUAUCUUAAGGUAUUAGUCAUUUCAACAGAUAUUUUGAAGCUUUGACAUUUAGAGCUAAAUUAUUUAUUAAAAUUAAGAAUUAUGAAAAAGCAAUUAAAGACUUUAAUUUAGCAAUAUAAAUUAAUCCAAGAAAAUCUGUUUGUUAUGUUGGAUUAAGUGAGUGUUACAAAUAAACAAAUCAAAUUUAGUAGGCUAUUUAAGAGUUGAAUAAAGCACUUGAAUUUGAAGAAUAGUCAAAAUAAAAAUCUAUUUUAUUAAAAAGAUUCAUAAUUUACUUAGACAAUAAAGAAUUUGAUAAAGCCGAAUAAGAUAUGAAUUUAUUAUUUGAAAUUUGUCAAAAUGAUUCAGAAGUUUAUUAUUUUAAAGGAAUUUUAAUGCAAAAGUAGAGUAAUUACUUUAUUUGAUUUUAGAAAGUCUUUAAGAUGCUCUUUUAGCAUUUGAAUAGUCAAUUAAAAUUAAUAGUGAUAAAAAACCAGUUACUAAAGCUCUCUAUGAAAUUGUGAAAAUAAAGAUUGAUUAAAAUGAUUAUUAUUCUGCUUAACAUGAACUUGAUAGAGUAAUCUAUCUUGAUGUGGAUAAUAAAUAAUUAUAAAAGUUUGAACUCUUUGUUGGAGGAGUUAUUUAUUUAAUGAAAAGAAAUUUUGAAGAUGGUGUUUAAUUAUUAACUGAAAUGAUAACUAAAAAUCAUUAAAGUGACAAUCUAAAAUUCUAAGCCCAUCAAUAUAGAGCAUAUGGAUAUUUUUGUUUGUCAAAAUUCAAUUUAGCCAACCAGGAUUUAGAAUUAUAUUAAGAAAAUCUUUUGGAGAAAGUAAAUUUAUUAAAAAAUUAUAGGCAUCUCUUUAUAAUAAAUUUCUUUGUCAUGGUAUAAUUAAAUAUGAAGAUAAUGAACUAGAAUAAAGCAAAAAAUAAUUUUAACUUGCUCAUAAAAUACUUCCUAAUAAAAUAGAACCAUUAUUUUAUUAAUCCAUAAUUCAAAUUAAAAAAUAUUGUUCAAGUCUUGAAAAAUCAAGUGAAGAAAAUAGGAUCAAAUAUUUAAAAAAUGCAUUAAAUUUACUUGAAGUAGCAUCAAAAAUAUGUGAAUAAUCAAAUUUAUUAUUCUACAAAGGAAUCUUACAUUUUGCUUUUGGAAAUAUAGAAAAAUCUGCAUUAGAUAUAGAACAAGCUAUUGAAAAGUCUGAAGAUAAUCAUGCAUAACAUUAUUAUGUAAGAGGAUUACUUCAUUGUUAAAGAUAACUAUUUAAAUAAGCAAUCAAUGAUUUUUCAAUAUGUUUAAGUUUAGAUUAAAAUCAUUCACAAUCUUAUUUGAAUAGAUGUAAACUAUUAAUAAUGAUGGGAGAUGUUUCCACUGCUUAUUUAGAUCUAUAAAAGUAUGUUGAAUUAAGGGAGCAAUACUCAAUAAACUAUUAUACUGUAGGAAUUCUAUAUUUUUUAAUUGGAGCCUAUGAUGAAGCUAUUCAAGCUUUUAAUAAUUGUAAGACUCUUGAAGGUAAUUAUGAAAAAGUUAAAGUAUUUAUAUAUGGAAAAGAAUUGAAUUCAGCACUCAAAGAACUUACUAUGAUUGCAGAAGAAAUGCAUAAUCAAGAGGCAUUAAUUGAUUAAUAAGUAUUAACAAUACUCAAAGAAACUAGUUUAUAAAUAUCAACAAAUAUUUUAGAAGAAGGUAUUAAUAAAAUAAUAUAAAUCUAAAAAAUGUAAUAGGAAGGAUUGAUAUUCAGAUCAUCUGAUAUCUAUUUCUAUAAAGGUUUAUUUUAUACAUAUUUGGGGUAAUAUUCAAAAGCAAAAUAAUGUCUUCGUUUUUCAUAUGAUUUAAAAGAAAAGGAAAUCAAGAAAUCUAAAAAUGCUUAAUUAAUUAAUUAGAAUAAUCUUGAAGAUUUUGAUUUCAUCAAUAAAACUUAUAAUAUAUAUGAACAUCUAUAUAAUAGUGCAAUUCUAGAUGUAAUGUUAGGCAAUAUUGAUGAAGCUUUAGAAACACUUACUUUGCUCCAUGAACAUUUAACUUAAAUUGAAUUUAGAGUUCAAUUAUAGAUUUUAAUGGAAUUAUUACGUGAUGAUCUAUUAGAUAAACCUCCUGAAGAUAAGUUUUCUUAAAUACAAGAAUUCUAAUUAUUCCCUUAACAUAAUCGAUUAUGUUCAAUUUAUCCUGCUAUUUAAAUUUCUUUGAAAAAGUAUUCUUUAUUAAUUAGAAUGUCAUUUUGUUUACCAAUUGUUGAAUUUCCUUCAUAACCUAUUUUAUUUGAUGAGCAAUUACUUUAAAAAAUAUCUGUAAUUAAACUCUUUAUUUUUAAAGCCUAAAGUUGUAGAGAAUAAACCAGAAGCUCCUUGGAUUAAAAGAUCAAAUGAAGGAGUAAUCUUUACUGAUAACAUUUAAUGUAUUGAUGAAUUAGAUCUUUAAUCAACUGUUAGAAAAGAAGAAACUGAAGAAACACAAUAAGAGAUUAGUGAUCUUGAUGAUGAAAAUGAAAUAAAUAAAUUAAAAGAGAAACUUAAAUUGGAUGAUUUAAUAGCUAAAAAAUUGAAUUCAAUAUUGUAAUAAAAUAAAAAAUGA